AUGAAUUGUGUGAUAAUUCUUUCUCUCUUUCUCUCAGGUUAUGGUUCUUUUGGUUUGAAAGUCUGCAAGGUACAUCAAGAGACUGUGACAAAACCUAUUCUGGCCGACACCCUCCAAGCCUCGCGCGUAAUCAGUGAGCCUGGUGUAUGGGCUUUAGUUGGACACGGUGACGAACGGAGAAACGAUGGUGACACCUUUAAGAUCAAGUUUGGGUCUGGAAGGUUUUUGCUUCACCAAGAAAUGGCAGGAUCGAAAGGGAGGAAGUUUUGCUUAAGUGGAAUGAACUCGCUGAGGAUUGUGCUACCAAUGUCAAGUCUCAGCUGCAUUAGUUUUUGGUGGGGUUGCAUGAGUGGCAAUGUCUCCUGUGAUCCAACAUGAGAUUCAAGUGUGCAGUCCAACAUUUUUAACUUAUCUCCAAAUAUCCACCGGUGUAAACCUGGGAGCAAUUACGCCUCUUUAUAGCGAGCCUUGGUGUAUUAUUUCAUCUAUGUAGUUACAUUUUUUUGUUGACUUAAAAUUUGCAGUAACAAUUUUUAGGAGACAAAAAGUAGCCAUGAUUAUUGGCGAAGUUCAAAAUUAUUAGAAUGAUUAAUAAUGUAAUAGUUAUUUGAGAUUAUCUUCACACUCAUUGUGCAAUUGUUUAUA